UUACGACUUUCACUCACAGUCUGUGUGGCGGAGCUCCAGUCGCCGGCCCGGGUCUAUAUGAACCGAGCAACCACGGACGAGCACCGCCCCACGCGCCGCUAGACCAAUGGCGGGGCAGCUUCUAAGAGCCACUUCCGGCUUUUUGGCCAAUUAGAAGUGUUAAUGCAUGUGCACGGCGCAAGCGAGGUGUUUUGGCGCCCUCGCCUGGUUGGGGUUUGUAACGUCCAUGAAAAACUCACCUGCUCCUACUGAAGCGGACGUGUUUAGCCAAACUCCAGAGUUGGAAGGGGCCUCUUGUGCUUUGAGUGUUUUGAUAAGGCAGUCUGGAGUCUACAGUGGUAAGUGUCCUUUUGCCCUGCGGUGAUGUAACAAGGCGCACGAUGAACCAACACUGCCACCAUGUCCUUAAAUGGAAGGACCGUGUGGAGCUGGAUGCCGCUCAGAAGGUGGACGGCGGCGAACCGGGAGGAGCGUUGCCAGCGGGCCAGGUGAAGCUGAAAGACAGGCAGAAGUUCUUUGAGGAGGCCUUCCAGCAGGACAUGGAGCAGUACUUGUCCACGGGAUACCUCCAGAUCGCCGAGAGGCGAGAGCCAAUAGGAAGCAUGUCGUCCAUGGAGGUCAACGUGGACAUGCUGGAGCAGAUGGACCUCAUGGACAUGUCAGACCACGAGGCCCUGGACGUCUUCCUGCACUCGGGGGGCGAGGACAACAGUGCCGCCUCGCCUGAGGCGGGUCCUGAGGUGGACUGCAGCAGCACAGAGAUCAGCUUGCAGGUUCCCACGCAGGCCGAGCUGCGCCACAAGCUGUCCUCCCUCUCCUCCACCAGCCAUGACACGGAGGCGGGCGAGGAGGACGGGGACGACGAAGAGGAGCCGGCCACGAGCGGCAGGAAGAGACCCCCUGUGGUGGUGACGCCUGACGACGACCAGGUGCACGCCGACGCCUUGCGGAAAGGCGGCGAGCGGAGCAGCAGGAAAGUUUGACUUUUUCUUUCUUCUUCUCCUCCUCCUCCUUCUCUGAAAGCAAACUGCCUUAACGAGCCAUCUUGGAAUAAGAGCACACUAACGUUCCAACUGGAAGAAAUGUCCUCAGGUGAAAAUGUUGUGGUGUUAAUUGGACACCUGCCCAUGUAAGCGAGAUUGGCCUGUGCAGCAACACAUCUGUCACUCACGUUUCAGGACCAAACUUUCAACACCCUUUCCUCUCUUUUUGUACACAAACGUGUGUGUGUGUGUGUGUUUUUCCUCCUCCUGCGAUGUCACGUUGCAGCAGCUUUUCAAGCAUGUCGACUAAUCCCAUAAAUUGUGCCACACAAAAGACUAUGUUGAAGUGUGUACUCUACACACUGCAUCUACAGUAUAUAUACAUGACAUACAGUAUAUGUACAUGACAUACAGUAUAUAUACGUGACAUGCAGUAUAUAUACGUGACAUGCAGUAUAUAUACAUGACAUACAGUAUAUGUACAUGACAUACAGUAUAUAUACGUGACAUGCAGUAUAUAUACGUGACAUGCAGUAUAUAUACAUGACAUGCAGUAUAUGUACAUGACAUGCAGUAUAUGUACAUGACAUGCAGUAUAUAUACAUGACAUGCAGUAUAUGUACAUGACAUGCAGUAUAUGUACAUGACAUGCAGUAUAUGUACAUGACAUGCAGUAUAUGUACAUGACAUGCAGUAUAUAUACAUGACAUGCAGUAUAUGUACAUGACAUGCAGUAUAUGUACGUGACAUGCAGUAUAUAUACGUGACAUGCAGUAUAUAUACGUGACAUGCAGUAUAUAUACAUGACAGACAGUAUAUAUAUACACACAAUAUAUGUGGAGAAUGUACGUUACUUUGGAUGGGAGAGUGAUACUGGUGAGUGUUAUUAAAUACAUUAUUGUGGUGCGUUCAAGGACACUCCGACUCUUAUCAUUGCAUAUCUUUAGUGGUCUUUUGUUUCCUUCUGACGUGCUAGGAUGAACAUUAGCAUCCUUUGAAACAAAAGUCCCAUUUCUCCCGUCCAAAGGCAAAACCCAGUAACUCAAUUUUGGUCAAAACUGAGCUGAUAAUAAUUUUGGAGUUACUAGGACAUUCUGAACGAAAAUUGCAGGCUGGAAUUGCGGAUACCAAUUAACAUCAACAAAGCAGAAAUCAAAUCUCUGUGAAUGGAUGGGACUUUAAUAUAAAAUAGAUUGGUUUUCGUUUGUUUUAUCAAAAUCAGCUAGAAGUGAGUUACUAGGUUCUGCUUUUGGACGGGAGAUUUAGUCAACAUUAGGCAGUCAAACCAAAAUAUUUUCUUGCAGGGUCAAGUGACAUUAUUUCAAUUCAAUACUAUUUUAAUGAUUACUCAGGUGUGUCAUUAAUUCAAUUUGUAAUACAUUUUUCACAUUAUUUAUUGCACCAUUUUCAAAUAUUUUAUUAUUUCACAAUUUAAUUGAUUUAACGUAUUUUUUAACUACUUUUUUCUCGAGCUUAGAAUCCAUGCGGUUUGUUAAAAAAAAACAACAACCGUGCGGCUAAUUUAUAGAAUUUUCUUCUCCAACAGCCAUGUUUUGUUUUCAACAAAUAGCUUUCAUAUUACACUGACAAGACACGACACUAAAAAGGUGUAUUAUUGUUUGUGCUAUGGAGCCAUCUUUUGGAUGAGUUCGCUCACUGAAGGUGCUGCUGGUUGAAAAUGUACUUCCUGUUUCAUCCCCUUAAAGAGGAAGUACAUUAGUCAAUGUCCUUUCUGCUCGAACGGAUUCUUCAUGAAUCACUCCAAGCAACAUUCAUAAGUUUUACAAUACAACUAAAACAAUUCAUACUUACUAAAUCAUCCCAUUUGUGAAUAUGCUGACACGUUUAUAAGUGUCUGUUAGUAUUGUUAACUUACAGUGGCAUUCUUUUUUAUAUAAUUUCAGUUUGGUAAAUUCAUCAAGACGUCACUGUGGUGUGGAAGUUUUAAGUAUGUUUAGCUGAUUGGAGAGCUAGCUACAGUAGAUAGGUAGUAUGUUUGCCUUAAUCCUGUGAGAAUUCUGCAUGUGACUGAAGCAUUAAAGGAGCCAUAUGUAAGAAUUUCAUAUCAAGUCAUUAAAUGGCCCUGAUAUGUCAAAAGUAGGGAUGUCCAAUAAUGGCUUUUUGCCGUUAUCCGAUAUUCCGAUAUUGUCCAACUCUUUAAUUACGAUACCGAUAUCAACCGAUACCAAUAUAUACAGUCGUGGAAUUAACACAUUAUGCCUAAUUUGGAAAACCAGGUUUGGUGAAGGAACUUUAAAAAAAAAUUAAUAAGAUAAAUAAAUUUAAAACAUUGUCUUGAAUGAAAAAGAAAGUAAAACAAUAUAAAAAUAGUUACAGUGAAACUAGCAAUUAAUGAAAAUUAGUAAAAUUAACUGUUAAAGGUUAGUACUAUUAGUAAACCAGCAGCACGCACAAUCAUGUGUGCUUACGGACUGUAUCCCUUGCAGACUGUAUUGAUAUAUAUUGAUAUAUAAUGUAGGAACCAGAAUAUUAAUAACAGAAAGAAACAACCCUUUUGUGUGAA